CGGACUUCUGUUUCCGGGUUCAGCCUCGAAUGUGAGCAUUCUUGUCGUCUGCUAGACACGGAAAUGGCGUGGUGACAGGAAUUUACUCUCAACUUUCGCAAUGCCCGUACCCCAUACUGUACGCACUCUGAAGCAAGCAUGUCUUCGCAACAUAUCAAAGAACAUGGAUCGACUAUGGAGUGCAGACUUCGACCGUCUCUUCGCGGAUACCCCACGCCUUUACUAUGUUCUGGGCCCAUUCGAUUACAUGACUUCUGAAAUGAUUCAAGAACUUCUGGACACCCUGUGUGCUGACCACCGAGUAAGAAGGUCACACAUGCAUCUUCUUCUCACUGGCCGCCUUAAGGAACUGGACUUCAGCAAGUGUUCAAACAUGACUAGCAUGCUACAUCUAGUUGGCAUCAGAUGCCAGAAGCUGACAAAGUUAGACCUCUCCAACUGCAGUGUAGCCAGCCAAACUGUUCUGUGCAGUAUUUUUCAAAGUCUUCCAUUGCUUCGCUGGCUGAAUCUACGUCAGACAAAGACCAAUGACCAGGUUUUAACCACUAUUCUAUCUUCAUGCAAGAAACUACAACAUCUGAAUCUAUUUGCCUGUCCUGUUACUGAUCGAGGAAUCACCAACAUUUUCAAGGAACCUGAGAAUGGUAACAGCUCUUCAAAUAUGAAGCAGAAGAAUACCUGCAGCACCAGUGGUGUGAGUCUGACAUACCUGAACAUUAGUGCCACAAAGAUCAGCAGUAAGGGAGCUGUCAUCAUUCUAAAUAUGUGUCCCAAUCUCCACGUUCUGCUGUAUGCAGAUGUUAUUGAUGCCGUGGCUCAGAUAAGCAACUCAUCAGACCACGAACACAAUCUCAAGCUAAGGACACUCAAUGCCAGUGGACUCAAAUGCAGAGAGGUCAGCCCAGAGUCGGUACAGCUUGCGGUCCUACGCUGCCCCUUUGUGACGGAAAUUAAUUUUUACCAAAAUGCAAAUGAUUCAACUUUGCAAUACCUCAAAGAAUUAAAGCAUUUGAAUACCUUGGAAAUUACAAGUGACCAAUGGGGAGAUGUGACAUUCUUCGAUGGUCUAAAGCCUCUCUUCUUGUCAAUAGGCCCCAACAUUCGGUCCCUCGGCCUGUAUGACAUAAAAGAUCUUGACAUUGGACAACUUGGUGUUCUGUGCCCCAAAUUAAAACGACUAAAAUGUGUAAUGGCAGUGUUUAACUCUGUUGCAUUUAUUGACACUCCAUUAUCAGGAAAGGAUCUGAGAUCUAUUUAUAGAGAUCUGGACAAUCUCAUGGUUGUGAUUGGAAAUGAUUGUACUGACUUUAGUGCAUCUAUGUUUGAACAAAUUUUAGAAAAUGCAACUGGUCUCUCUGAGCUGCAUCUGAUCAAUGUCCAGUGCAUGUCCUCUGAUCUGCUCCUUCGUAUCAUAGCGAUGCAUGGUAUGCAGUCUCUGUCUUCCCUGACUCUGGAGUCCUGCAAUAGGAUCAGUGGGGAUGCAAUAUCAAGACUGAUCCGUUGUGAGAACCCCUUGUGUGCUCUGUGUCUGAGGAACUGUCAGGACACCACCCAACAAGAUGUUGAUGGUUACAGGAAAUAUGUGAAAAAACACAACCUCCAGCUGUCCAUAGUCUGGGAGUAAAUAUCAGGAAUAUGAGCUAAUGAAGGUUUGAUGCUGCUGUUGGUUGCAAUCAAGGGUUAUGGCUUCCUGUAGAUAAUGAAGCCUCGACCAGUGUACCAGUGAUUGACAGCAUGAACAACAAUCCAUGGAAUGACAGAAGCAUGUGUAGCCAAUGUAGAUCAAGUGGAAGGUUUACGCCACAAUAUUAUUUAUUAACACAGUUCUUUUACACUGAUUUCAUGCUGAAUUUUGUUGUGUAUUUAUAUUUUAUGAAUGUUACUUCCAGAAAGUUAACAUAGUAUUUCAAUCAGAGCUUCAUUCUUAAAUAAUAUAUAUAUGUGCUGAAUAUGUAAUGUUUUGAAAUAUUGAUCAUUGCGUAUAAUUGUUAGAAUUCUACCUGUAUUAUAUCAUUAGCCAUAAAUUUCUAUUUUGGUUGUCAUCACACCAUAAAUCUUUGUGUAUUUACAGAUGUCCUCUUCACUGCAAAAUGGGACUGCAUACUACUACCGGUAUUCCACAAUAUACGUAUGAAAUGAUACGUAUUGCAAUAUUUGUUUUGAUAACCGGUUCGUAAGGUAAAAAAGUAUGUGAAGCUUUGUGAUUAUUUCUGUGGUUAAAGUUAAAAUCUACAUAAACUUUCAUGCACUGC